UGUAAUUGAAACUGACCUAAAGCUCCUUUUUCCAUUAUUCUAGAGGUAGAUCCAAUUAUUGCUGACUUAAGCAUCGGAGUGUCUACCUUGAGGACCCACCUCGGGGCUUUGCAUGUUCACUCAGAAUGGAGACGUGGACUGAAGAAGGACUUCUGGUUUUGUGCAAUUAUAUUGGCGCCGUCUGUGGGAAAUCGAACUAAAAGCUCUCUUGUUGCUUUCUCAUCAUGGUCAACACUCGAUCAGUCCGAACUGGAAAUCAAACUCAACCUCUUGGACAAGUUUUGGCUCAACUCCUAGCUCGUACUAAUCCUGGUGAUCCCUUCAUCAACCUAUUCAACCCUACUCAACAACCCCCCGUUCAACAGCAAGACCCUAAACCAGUUCAACAUGCUCCUGCUCUUAGUGAGUCUCAGGGUCAGUCUCACGUAGCCCCAGCUCAGCAACCUUUACCUGAUGAUCUCGAGACAUAUGAUGGGACGAAGGAUGCAGAUGAUCACCUCCAUGCCUUCUACUCCUGUAUGCAAGCUCAAAAUGCUUCUGAUGCAUUGAUGUGCAAAAUCUUUCCCUCCACUCUCCGUGGUAAUGCUCGAACCUGGUAUCAUAGUUUGCCCCGGAGAUCUAUCAACUCCUAUACAGAAAUGGUAUCUGCUUUUGCUACAAAAUUUUCCAGUAGAAGGUUGAUUAGAAAAACCACUUCUGAACUGAUGCGAGUCAAACAAAGGGAAGGAGAAUCUUUGAAGAAUUACAUGAGCCGGUUCAAUGAUGCAAUCCUCGAAGUCAACUCAUUCAACCAAGCUGUGGGAAUUGUGGCUGUAAUUCAAGGCUCUCAAUCUCACCUCUGUAUGAAGUUUCCAAUCCCUAUGGGGAUAACAACACUACGAGGUAACCAUGAGGUGGCUAGACAUUGCUAUAUUACCUCGGUUACAAGGCCUCAGAAAGGCAAAGAUCAGACACUAGAAACCAUUCCCCAGCAAGUUCAUGAUAAUAAGCAGGUGAUGGGAGUUGAGAUAGUAGACAACCGAUCAGAGGAUGAAACUAGAGCUACCCUAGUUGAGGAUGUAGAGGAAGUGCAAAUUGAUGGCAGAGAUCAAAACAGGAAGACACAAAUUGGAACUCACAAACAUGCCAGGGAUUCCAAUCUCGGUAUCUUAGCACAAACUCAGCACCAAUCCAUUGAAGAAACUAGUAGCCCAGAAGCGACGUCUCUUCAAGGGGAAGAGGCUUCAGCUUGUCCCAAAGACUAUUAUCCCAUGCCAAGCAUUGACAAAUUGGUUGAAGCGACUUCGGGAAAUGAGAGAUUAAGUCUCUUGGAUGCAUAUUCUGGUUACCACCAAGUGCCGAUGGCUCUGGAGGAUGAAGAGAAAACCUCGUUCUAUGCAGGUGAUGAAAUUUACUGCUAUGUCAUGAUGCCCUUUGGCUUAAAGAACACAGGUGCCACUUAUCAGAAAAUGGUAACAAUCAUCUUCCGAGCUCAAAUCGGCAAGAAUCUAGAGGUUUAUGUCGAUGACAUUGUGAGGAGGAUUGGAGUUAACCCAAAAAAAAUCAAAGCAAUAGCCGUGAUGGAACUACCGAAGUCGGUGAAGGACAUACAGAGAUUAAUGGGAAGGGUGGCAGCUCUUCAUAUAUUCAUAUCGAAAUCAGCAGAUAAGUGCUUGCCAUUCUUCAAGAUCAUGAGAUCAACAACACAGAAAGAUGAAUCUAGCAAACAGAAGAAGUUUGAAUGGAACCCAGAAUGCCAAGUUGUAUUUGAUGAGCUGAAGUCUUAUCUUAGCUCACCCUCUUUGCUAACAAAGAUCCUUCAGAAGCCGGAGUGCUCGGGAAGGUUAAUUAAAUGGGCAGUAGAAUUGAGGGAAUUCGAGAUAGCAUUUCAGCAGAGGUCUACAAUUCGAGCUCAAGCAUUGGCAAAUUUUAUCAUAGAAUGCACCCCAUGUCAACCAAGCUCUAAUCCUGAGUCGAGUAAAUGGACCUUAUAUGUUGAUGGAAUAUCUAAUAACAAGGGCUCAAGAGCUAGUGCUCUCCUAGUGGGUCUAGAUGGAUAUCGAAGUGAGCAUGCUUUGAAAUUUAACUUCGAUGCAACAAACAACAUGGCCAAGUAUGAAGCUCUGCUACUUGGUCUACAACUAGCAUUAGAGCUGAAAGUCAUGGCCAUAAGAGUUUACAGUGACUCACAGCUUGUGGUUAAUCAAGUCAACUUAGUCUGUGAGGCAGAUUCACUUUCUAAGUUCACCUCUGAUAGCUCCUUAAGCUCCAGAUCAAUUUUCGUUGAAGUUUUAGAUGAACCGAGUUUCAUGAAGCCAAGAAUGAUGGAGAUCAGCACAGACCCGAAUACACCGAGUUGGACAGAUCCAAUUGUCUCUUUUUUGCAAGACGGGUCAAUACUUGAAGACAAGCAAGAAGCGAUGAGGUUGAGGAAGAAAACGUCUCGAUAUACACUCGUUGAUGGGGUCCUCUAUAAGAGAUCUUUCUCACUCCCUCUCCUACGAUGCUUGAAUCCUUAUGAAGCUGAGUAUGCACUUCGAGAUGUACAUGAAGGUGUAUGUGGAAGCCACAUUGGUGCUAGAACCCUGGCUCACAAAGUCCUCAGACAAGGAUAUUACUGGCCGAAUAUGUAUAAGGAUGCUACUCACUUUUGGGGACUUGAUCUUCUAGGCCCAUUCAUGAAGGGAGUUGGAGGUGUAACCCAUCUAAUUGUUGGUGUUGACUAUUUUACAAAAUGGGUUGAAGCUCAGCCAUUGUCCACUCUUACUUCCAAAAAGGUCAAAGACUUUGUUUUCAGCUCGAUCAUCUACAAAUAUGGAAUCCUGAAUCAGAUCGUAGCUAAUAAUGGUACUCAGUUUAAUUGCUCUUCAUUCAGAGAAUUCUGCUCCAGUUACGGGGUCAAACUACAGUUUACCUCAGUAUACCAUCUGGAGUCCAAUGGUAUGGUUGAAUCUGUCAAUAAAGUUAUCUUGGAGGGAAAAAAGCCGAGGUUAGAGCAGCACAAGGCCAAGUGGGCAGAUGAGCUCAACAAUGUCCUAUGGGCAUAUAGAACUACAAGCCGAACUACCACAAGUGAAACACCUUACCACCUAGCCUUUGGUACUGAAGCAGUCAUUCUUAUUGAAAUAGGAGUCCCAAGCUUCAGGGUAACCCAUUUUGAUGAAGGACGAACUGGACAACUGUUUCAAGAAAACCUUGAUCUGCUUGCCGAAGUCAGAGAAGAAGCACGACUUCGAACUCAAGGUUUGAAACUCGUUUUGACAAAUUGGCCCCAAAUUGGGAAGGCCCUUACACAGUGGCCGAAGUGCCACAUCCCAGUGCUUAUAUCCUCCAAGAUGCUAAAGGGAAGCGACUUCUUAGAGUCUAGAAUAUCAACAACUUGAAGUAAUUUUACCCUUAAUAAACUUCUUUCAAGUGAUCUUCGUCUUAUUCUUCUUUACAAUUAUUAUUUCUUCAUUUUUGAGAUUCAUUUUAUAUCUUAUUUGUAUAUCCGAGGUCAAUCUGUUUGGAAUUUAUUCCUUGGUCUUCUUUUAUUAAUGAAUUUCACUUCAUAUC